AAAAUAAUUGUUUUCAAAUUUCAUCGGAUACAAGGUACUUAUUUACUGUGAAAAAAUGGCUCACGAAGAUCAGUUUCGUUACCAUAGUAAUACGUCUGAUCACGCUGAAGUAUUUGGCCUUUCGAGUUUAAAUCUCCAACCGUACGAAUCUAACGCAAAUGCUAAAGAAAGCAUGGAAGAGUUGUAUCACACGCUUGUGUUGAAGGUAAAUUCACUAAACGGUGGACCUGAGGAAAAAAAAUUAAACUCAAGUCUUGCGGCUGUAUGCUAUCAAUUAGGACGAAUAUAUCACGACAUUGGAGAUGAUUCAACAAUGGCCGAGUCUAUGUUUAUAAAGGCCAUAAACACUGUCAAAGAUCAUGAAUCGGAAGCUGACAACAUACUAAGUGUCAUCAACUCUCUGAAUAUGCUGGCUUACGUCGAGGAAAAGGAUAACGAAAAUCACGAAAAAGCUUUGAAAUACUUACUUGAGGCAGAAACUGUGUACCUAAAGUACAACCAGGAGAGGAAGGGGCCGGCCACAAUCGCUUCUAAGCUACUUCCGAAUUAUUGUCCGAGAAGACGCAUGAUCACGAGCAAGAAUCCUCUGAUAAGUGCACGACUGUUUUCGCUAUUCUAUAUCAUUGAGGUGUAUAAACACCUAGGCUUGAUCACCAAUGCACUUAUCUCCACACAUCUUACACUCAAGCUUCAACUGGAAAACAGUCUGUUCUUGCAAAGCCCCCUAGAUUGGGCCCUGGCUUCUGCCCUAAUUGCGAAUUUACUUGUCGAACAGAACGCCUACCAACAGGCCAGACACCAUUUGGCGGCGGCAUCUACAUUCAUGGAAAAGAUUAUACCUAUCAAAUUCACCAAUCUUUACAAGUACGUAUUCUUAUUACCRUUGGCUAUGUAA